AUUUUUUGUCCAUCCCUAUCCCUUCAUGACAGCUUCCUUCUUACCUUCCCGUUUAUCAAUUCAGGCCUUUUUUUCUAAAUCCACUUUUCUCCUUCAGUAUUUUUAUUCGACUCUGAAGAAGACGGAGAGUAGAAUUUUAGGACGCGCCUGUUGGAGAUCACACUCUGGUGCUGAUUCUUUAAUUGUCGUGCGGUCGGAAGUCAAAGAGGGGAAAGGGGAUAUACGAAACGGCUUCAGACACUCUGAUCCAUACUAGGAUUUCUUGCCUUCUUGGAGGAAGAUAAACACGCUAUGGCUCCACCGCUCCAGGGCGUAAACGUGGAGCAAAAGGAGUGAAGACGACCAGUGAGUUGAGUAUCGGUGAUCUUGUCCUGACCAAGUUUAAGGGUUUCCCUGCCUGGCCUGCAAAGAUUAGGUUAUCAACACCUUACUAGGUUGGAAAAACAGCUGAAGUAGCUCUAAUCGGUCAGGAGAUGGAUGCAAAGGAUAUUUUAGGAUUGCCAAAGAAUACAGUGUCCAUACCCUCAGAAAAGAAGUCCAGACCUCAGAAAGAGUCUCAACGCAAACCUGAUGGCAUUUCGCGAGAAGUUUACGCCCUUACAGGAGGUCUAGCGCCUCUUAUGCCUGCUAUUGACAUAAAUCAUUUGAAACGACGAACACAGACAGAGAAUGAAAAGAUUACUUGGCAAUGGCUACCUUUUACUAAUUCUGCCCGAAAUGACAACUUGGAACUGUACCACUGGGUGAGGGUUGUAAAUGGUGUUUUGCCUAAAGAUGACUAUUCAUUUGCCAAGUAUAACAAGUCUGUGGAUGUUAUUCAAUACACAGGAGAGGAGUAUGAGAAGUAUUUGACAGAUCCUAUGUGGACGAAGGAAGAGACAGACCAAUUGUUUGAGCUGUGUAAAAGGUUUGAUCUGCGUUUUGUUGUGAUAGCCGAUAGGUUCCCAUCAUCACGUACAGUUGAAGAGCUUAAGGAUCGUUAUUAUACUGUAUCAAGGGUUGUCUUGAACUCAAGGUCUGCAUCUUCUGUUGAUGUUGUUGGGCAUCCCAUUCUUAAGGAAUCUGAGCCUUACAAUAUGACUCAAGAGAUUGAAAGGAAACGUGCAUUGUCUAUGGUGCUUUCGCAUACAAAGCAUCAAGAACGCAGGGAUGCAGAGGUCCUUGCCGAAGCAAAGAAAAUAAUGGAAUCACGUAAGGCUUCCAAGGUUGCUGAAGAGUCAGAGCUACCCCUCAUGUCAGAUUUUGGACCAGAAGGUCUGGAUAUGGCCGCUACUGUUAAUCCUGCUUCAACUUCACCCAAUGCUCAGUUCCCUUUGGGCACAAGUGCUACUCCCAUAUCAGAAACUGCUUCAACUUUAGCUUCUCUUCGCAUGUUGGGGGUGUACUUGCGUACCUAUGCACUUGAGCAAAUGGUGCAAGCAGCAAGCUCGUCAGCGGGACUUCGGACUAUAAAGCGUGUUGAGCAAACUUUACAAGACCUAGGGGUGAAUUUGAAGCCUAAAGUUCCAACUAAACUAGUAUGUGCGGAGCAUCUUGAACUUAGAAAAGAAAUAUUGACCCUAUUGAAUCUUCAAAAACAGUUGCAAUAUAAGGAGUCUGAAGGUUCUUCCUAUCGUGAUGGUUCAUAUUCUGAAACACCCGGUACACCAACUAAGCGAGCACAACGCAGUGCUGAUCAGGACAGGACAUUCGGCCCUGACUUAAGUUUUGGAGGUGAAAGAGUUGGUAAAAGGGAUCAAAAGCGCAAGGCACCCGGAACACCCAAAUUUGAAGGCUCCCCUGCAACGUCAAAACGUCCGAGGAAGCUGAAAACCUCAGAUGGAUAGCCUGUUGAGCAGAGCAGAAACACUACCUUUCUGUGAAUGCUUUCUUCUUCUUCAGGCAUGAUGUGGCCAAGCUGCUUGAAGUGGUACGUUCAGCCACACUGGUGAAGGCGCCAACUGACCAGUAUGAAGUAGCUCCAACUGACUGGCAUAGUGCUAUUAUUAUUAAAUUUUAACACGUGAGUUCCAGCCAGUAUUAAUCUGUAAAUUCCAGGUUUCUCACUGUAAUUAUCCGCCGGCAAACCUGAAAAUGCUACCAAAUAUUGAGUUGGAUUUACCACCACCAAGCCUAGUUCUUCUUCUUCUUCUACUUCUUCAGGUUUUCUUAUAAAACUGGCCAAAAUAUAAAUUAGAUUGUUUUUUAGAUGAGAGUUUCACAAAUUGAAACAAAUUGUUUGACUUUGUAGCUUGAUUGUCAUUAAUUUUACUUGUAGCAAUUUUUAAUUUACUAUCUAUUACGAUAGUAUUACACUAUUACUUAAGAUUCACAUGUUUACAAAUGAGGGGUGUUUGGAAUUGAUUCUA